AAUUAUACCUAUUUCUAUCGUUGGCCACAAAAUCUCAGAUUCUCUUUUUUUGGUUUCUGGCUAAAUUUAUUUUAUUCCUAGAUUUUUGUAAUAAAUUAAAUUGUUUUCUUUUAUUCGGAAUUCAACUAUUCGAAAAUGAUAUUGUCCCCCUCACGAAAUAUCGGUGUUUGCAAAUUUAGGUCGUUUAUUCGACUUGGAUCUGCCGUGCUUCUAAAUCGACCAUUUCGAAAUUACUCAGAUUCCGAUAAGUGCGAUCCUGAGCCAGAGCCAAAGUGUGCGCCACCAGUACUGAAAGAGUAUCCAUGUGGCUUGAAACCGUCGCAGUUGCAUAUUCCAAAGCCGACGCCCAAGCGCCCGGAGCUGAUAUCAAUGUGGAAGUUUGAAGACUGUGAGCCAGAACUGUGUAAAAUGGAUCUGCGCUAUGACAUGAAGUACUAUCGCAUAACUGAUAAGCGGAAGCGCAAGUAUCAAGUGACAUGGAACGAAUGCCCUCGUCUCCUCAUCAAGCCCAAAAAGGUGUGCCUCUAUGAAAAAUUGAAGCGUCCCAAGAUCGUUCGCCGUAAGCGUAAGGCUCACUCUGGGGGCGGCAGUGCUGCGGAGGUCAAGACUUGUGCGAAAGAGAAAUCGAGGAGUACGUGUGUGUAUAUUAAAGCGCCGUGCUGCAAGGUUGGACGCAAGCCGCCAAAAUGCAGAAGUGCAUUCAAAAGUCUCGGAGGAUGCACGAAACGUAAAGCGCCGUAUCCCAGUUUUUCGGAGUGCAAAAAGGAUCCACCACUUGAAGUACCUCCCACCGAAUGCAAGUGUCUUCUCACUCCAGCCACGUGCGAUGCGUGGGCAGAAUUAAGACGACGUUACGCUAGAGGACAACCCCCUGCGAAGCGAUGUGGUGAAGCCUAAACUAAAAUUGUGUCGGCGAAAUCAGGAGAGCUAUUUAAGUUAUAACUUAUAAUUAUAGUUAUAUUUAAAUCCUAUUUUGUAUAAUUGUAAUUAUAAAUUUUAAAUUUCAAGUUAUAGGUAAAGCCAACCGCAUAAUUAAACAAAUUGAUUUAAAUUAUAAAAUUAACAUAA